UGGCGUCUAUGUUUCGAAAGAGAACUUUCACUUUGCUCAAACUAAACAGAAGGACCUCAUUUCUAACUAAGUAUGACUUGCACAUACGUAAAGAUGAUUUACAAAAUACUUCCUUUAGAAAUAAUCUUAAAAAUUAUAUAACUGAUCAUAAAUACAGUUUAGCCGCAGUAAAAAUUUAUGGAAACCACGACCUGGAGGAGUUGGAGGUAUCCGAAACAUUCAGUGAAACUACAUUCUGGAGAUUUGCUUUGUACAGAGUAAAGGAAAAUGUUGGUAACUCACACUGCCUUGAAGAAACUGUUAAAUAUCUUGGGACACGAUCCUCCACAAUGUUUUCCAGAGGGUAUGACGCGAUUGAACGUUACUUAAAAACCAAGGGGGGGCUGCAAAACUCACAGGAGGAUACUGCAUUCAGGGCACUAAAGAAAUUUUAUGUGAACAAAGAGGAACAUGAAAAUAGAUUGAUGAUGUUAAAAGAUUUGUCAUCAGAAGAGCAGGUUGCUGCAGUCAUUUCACAGCAUCUUAUUUGCCAGUUGCUCCCCUUCCCAUCCAGCUACUUUAUGGAUAAUAUUCAUACCAAAGGUCCAACGGACAAGUGUCCUUGUGGAUGUGGACAGCCUCUUAACUUUGGAAGUACACUGCUGGGAAGUCCCCAUCUUUUCCACGGUUUUGUUGAUGGUGUCCUCAUACCUGCAGAGAAUCAUUCUAUUACAGAAGAAAAUUAUACUAAAUCUGCAGUAUUCACAGCAAGAAAGAAGACUGAUGAUAUUUAUUAUCAUUGUCUGGUGAACAAGGAAUGGAUGGAUAAAUAUGAGAGCACUGUUUAUAAACUUGAUGAAGAAAUUCUUAAUAGGGAAUACAAAUCAGAAAUAAAUGUAAUUGAUGAAAAACAGCUCUGCAAGCAAGCGAUAGCCAUGUCUCUUUGCAAGUACCAAGAACAAUCUAAUAAAAAGGACAGUUCUUAUGCCCCAGCCAUGCCAGUGUUUGGUAUGACAAGUGACUCCUUUGAAGUUGCUGUCUAUGACCCUGUGCAUGACUAUCUCUUGAAAUCCAACAAGCCAUUAAACUUUUUUGAAGAAGAUUCCCAAAACCUGAAAUUUUCCAGUGUUGUGGACUUAUGGUUGUUGAUUUAUCACAGCUUGUUUUUUACAACUCCCAGUCCACGUGUUGUACAUCAAUUAAGGGGAACAGCAAACCUGAUCCCACAGCUGGGAGAGAAAAGAUUUGAGAAAAUUGUGAAAAGUUCAAGAUGGAUGUUUUUACCAUAUUUUCAUCAUCAAUCAUUUCCAGAGAUUCAUGAAGGUGUCAUUAAAUAUGUUGAUAGAAAAGAAGAUGCCUCGGGCUACAAACAUUAAAAGAUAUUACAAAAAUAUUGAAAAAGAUACAUGUAGUACAGCUUUCUGGUGUCAUGAAAUGCUUAGGAGCUUCUGGAAUUGCUGACCAUUAUGGCUUGCAAAGGGCGUACCGCCAUUAAGACUGUGAUAUAGAUCCAUGUACUGUAAAAGACACCAGUACUACACGUAUUUGUUUUAAGGAAGCAACAGGGACAGACAGAGAUUUUAUUUGGGAUGGGAUAUAAAAAGAUAUUCUGAAAAAAAGCAUGGAACUUUGUUACGAUUAUUAUACCAAUCAUUCAUUAUAUGAUAUGUACGGUAUUUUAUAUCAAGUCAUUACCUUUUUUAUGUAAAUGAAAAAUAUGAUUUGUCAUGAGCAUGCAUUCCUCAUUUAAGGAGCAUCUUUUACUGUACAAAGUAAAUAAAAAGAAAAUUUGAAAGUGUUAUCGAAUAUACAGUGUAAAACCCUUGUCACACCAGGGUUGCGUCCUCAAGCGAUCCCGCGGCAUCUGUGGAAAAAAAAAAGCAGAACGCGGAAGUGCUAGCAGUAGAGUCUCCUACGGCGCUGUAAGAACUCGGUGGGGUUUCCAAGUGACGCGAUUGGGUCACCUAGAACGCAAUGCGAUGGCGCGCAUUUUGAGCAUGCAUACAGUAUGCGCUUGGCUCUGCGUUCUGAUAUACACGCAAUGGAAAUGCCGUAUAGUCACCGUAAUAGCGCGGUAAGGUCUUCAACAGCGCCACAAGAGCCCGUUGGCGCGCUCAAGUGACGCACAUGAUGGCAGUAUGGACGCAAUGGUAUCUUCGACCGAGCUGAAGUACAGAAACUUGUAGGAGUCCUUUGAGAUGCCAGUGCGUCAAAAGAACGUCUUGUGCACGCGGUUGGCGCACUGUACGCCGUUAACUCAUCGCACGCAUGGAACACUCAGAGGGAGCGCAGUAGCAUGCCGCAGGAAUUCCCUAGAAGUGCUUUGGUUGUUGUCAGGAUGCCGUGACAUCUCGUAUUUUGAAAAUUUCAUUGAAUUUUCCUGAUAUUCCACGGAUAUCCCAGGAAUUUAACAACGCCAACUCUGUUGGAACGCAGCCCUGAUGUGACAGGGGCUUAAUUACCAAAUCACUUAAAAAUUGUAAAUGGGGAAGAUGUUUAGCACCAAAGAAUCCCCCCCCCCCACUCCUCCUUGUUUUUGUCUUGAACAGCAAUUUAAUUUUGACUGUAUGAAGAAAAAUUUCAGUUUCAUAGUUAAUGUGUUUCGAUUUCAAGCAUGUGCCUGUAUUAUACUUGGAUGGGUGACCGCUUCAUGUUAUAUACAGUAUA